AAACAGAAAAAACAAAAACAUACCACUGUAACAGUUCACCAUCAAAAUCUCUCUUUUCCCUGUCUUUCUCUCACUUUUCCAACAGAGCAAGUAACCAAUUGAUUUCUAUUCUACAUUGUAGCAUCAGUGCAUAUGAUCAUAUUCUAUCCAUUCCUUGCGCAAAAUCUUAUUUUGAACUCUGUAGUAUUUCUCUGACACCAAACCUCUCUUUCAGUCCAAGAUUUCCUUUUUAAUCUUUUUUUUUUCUUUUCCAAUUUUUCUAACUUCACUCUGUCACUUCCCACUUCUUUGCCUUGCUUUCCUUUGCUUUCAGGGCAAUUGUUGCAGACCAAAGAUUCAUACUUUCACUCUUAACUCUGCUUUAUGCCAUUAGUUUUGCCCCACAAAGAAAUCCCUUUUCUUUCUUUGGCCUUAUUUUCCAUUUUUCUUCAGUAUUCUUUUUUUUCUUAUCCUACCAGUGUAAGCUGAAUUCUUUGCUAAUUGCACCUUGUUUUCCUGUUUCUUGAAGAACCAACUUCUUCAUUUUCUUUAAAAUUUCUUGCUCAAUGUUAUUUUUUAUGGGUUCUUGGAGUUCUGGGGUUGUCUGAAUCAGCAACUGUUUCUUGAAGCUGUUAACGGACUUGGAGAAACAUGAGGAAUUUUGAAUUUCUUCAAGUCUUUUUACUGAGUCUAGGACUCAUUGCUGGGACUAAUUUGGCCUUUCCCUUAAAUGAAGUUUAUGCCCUCAAGACCUUUAAAGAAGCUAUAUAUGAGGAUCCACUUCUCGUUUUGUCAAAUUGGCAAGCAUUAGAUUCAGAUCCUUGUGACUGGCCUGGCAUUUCUUGCUCAGUGGCUCGAGAUCACGUCAUCAAGCUAAAUGUUUCUGGAGCAUCUCUGAAAGGUUUUCUUGCACCGGAGUUGUAUCUAUUGUCUUCUUUGCAAGAACUAAUUCUGCAUAGCAAUUCACUGAUUGGUACAAUACCAAAAGAGAUUGGCUUGUUGAAAAAUCUCAAGGUCCUAGAUUUGGGUGCAAACCAGCUUACAGGACCAAUUCCUCCAGAGAUUGGAAAGUUAUCCAGCAUUGUGAAAAUAAAUCUUCAAUCGAAUGGGUUGACAGGGAGGUUGCCUCCAGAGCUUGGUAGUCUGAAAUACCUUGAGGAACUUCGACUUGAUAGGAAUAGGCUCCAGGGAACUGUCCCUGCCAGUAAUGGCUCAGAUUUUGCUGAUGAUUUACAUGGAAUGUAUGUCUCCAGUAUGCAGCCAACAGGUUUGUGCCGCUCAUCUCAACUAAAAUUUGUAGAUCUUUCAUACAACUUCUUCAUUGGAAGCAUACCAAAGUGCUUGGAAUAUCUUCCAAGGUCAAGCUUUCAAGGGAAUUGUCUGGAUGAUAAAGAUCCUAAGCAGCGCUCUGCAGUACAGUGUGUUACAGGUGGUGCUCCAACACCAAAAAGCCAUCCAGUAGCGAAUACCAGGCACCAUCCUGUUGAACAUAAUUCCAAGCAUCAGACCAGUACUUCAAGACCUGCCUGGCUUUUAGCCCUGGAAAUAGUAACUGGCGUGAUGGUUGGUGCUCUCUUACUCGUGGUUCUUGUCUCUGCACUUCAUAAGUGGCAAAACAGACCCUCCAUAAUUAUCCCAUGGAAGAAAUCAGCUAGUGGAAAGGAUUAUACAGCCAUUUUCAUAGAUCCUGAAUCACUGAGGGGUGUAACAAAGUUAAGCAGACAAGAACUGGAAGUAGCUUGUGAAGAUUUUAGCAACAUUAUUGGAUCCUCUUCAGAUAGCCAAGUCUAUAAAGGAACCAUGAAAGGUGGACCUGAAAUUGCUGUUAUAUCCCUUUGCGUCAAAGAAGAGCAUUGGACGGGCUUUCUAGAGCUUUAUUUCCAAAAAGAGGUGGCAGAUUUGGCAAGAUUAAAUCAUGAGCACACAGGGAAAUUACUGGGGUACUGUCGGGAGAGCAGUCCUUUCACAAGAAUGCUGGUCUUCGAGUAUGCAUCAAAUGGGACCUUGUAUGAGCACCUCCAUUAUGGAGAAGGUUGCCAACUAUCUUGGACACGGCGAAUGAGAAUUGUUAUUGGCACUGCCAAGGGACUAAAGUAUCUGCAUACAGAACUUCAUCCACCAUUUACCAUAUCAGAAUUGAAUUCUAGUGCAGUAUACUUGACAGAUGAUUUUUCUCCAAAGCUGGUUGAUUUUGAAAGCUGGAAGUCAAUCCAUUCUAGAUCGGAAAAGAAUUCUGGCAGCAUCAGCAAUGAAGGUGCAAUUUGCGUCCUUCCAAAUGGUUUAGAGGCAAGGCAUCUGGAUAUACAUGGAAACAUUUAUGCUUUUGGAAUCCUUCUUCUGGAAAUCGUGAGCGGGAGACCUCCCUACUGUGAGGACAAGGGAUGCUUGGUGGAUUGGGCCAAAGAGUAUCUUGAGAUGCCAGAAGUAAUGUCUUAUGUGGUGGAUCCUGAGUUAAAACAUUUCAGAUAUGAAGACCUUAAAGUGAUAUGCGAUGUUGUCAACAUCUGCAUCCAGUCAAGUUCUAACAGUAGAACAUCCAUGCAAGACUUGUGUGCUAUGCUGGAAAGUGGUAUUGACACCUCCGUAUCUGCAGAGAUGAGGGCAUCUUCCUUGGCAUGGGCUGAGCUUGCACUUUCAUCAUAACUAAUAGGAAGCUGACACUGUAAAUCUGAAUAUAGACUUUAUAGUUUGCCUUUCACCUUCAAUUUUUCCCUCCUUUUUCUUUCCUUCUUGCUAGUUCUUUUAUAGAUUUGAGUGAAGUCAUGUACAUGCGUGCUAUAAGGACAGACAGUCUCACAUAUGACUAAUAUCAAUUAAUUGUAUACCGUUGGUCGGUUAGAGAUUUUGAUCGGUUAGAGAUUUUGAUGUCAAAUAGUAGAUGAACCCAUGUUGCAGAAGGUACUUCACUUCUU